CCUGUCAUGUCAGCCUGCAGGAACGCGCGUGAUAGUAAAGAGCGACGGGAAGGACGAGAAAAUAUCACCGUGUAACUGAAUAACAGCGCUGCGUUUUUGUGGUGUAUGAGUUUUCAGCUGGUCUUCGUCGAUACUCAUAGCAAACCUUUUAAGUGCGAAGAGUUUUGCAAAAGAGGCGACAUGUUUAGGAAGAACAGAAACAUUAAAUAUAUAUUAAAUCUUGUACCGGGGAAACGACGCUUCGGGAUUUACCGAUUUUUGCCCAUCUUUUUCUGCAUCGGCGGUGUUAUGGAGUGGGUCAUGAUAAACGUGAGAAUAGGACGAGAGACAUUUUAUGAUGUCUACAGAAGAAAACGCUCUGAGAGGGAGUACCAACAGAAAAUUGAGGAUGGAAUAAUUGUACUUCCUGAAUCAGAACCAAAAUAAACAUUUUCACUUCUGCAAAUGUUCAUUCUAGCUGACUGAUACCAUACCACAUGUGGGGAAAUUGAGAUGUGAUGAGAUCUUUGCCAAAUGGAUUUAAAAGUGACUUCUAUAAACUGAAGUUCCCACAUGAGAGUAACGGAUGGAUAAAUGCCCAAGGAAGAAAAAGUUUUUUUUUUCCCCAACAUGUAUUUAUUAACAAUUACAAGAUCUGAUUAUGAGAGUA